GGACAGUGAAAUUUAAAGACAUGGCAGCUCCUGAUUCAAAGUAGUUCAGGGGUUUCAGUUCCCUGAAUUCAGCAUUGGAGCCAGAGAGAAGUAACAAUUAAGAAUUUAAUAUUGAGACAAAGUAAAGUAAGAUUUCCUGUCUAUGACACUUAUGUUGCAAAGUUUGUUUAUAAAGGUUUUAACACAUUGUAUCACUGUUUUGAAGAAAUAUCUACUUAUUUAUUACCUGUUACUAUAUAGCACUUUUUGCAAAUUCACUUUCUGUACGAUAAUUCAUGAAUAUGGAAAACGCAACCUGACAUGGAAAGUUAAUUGAUAUGGAAAUAAGUUCACUGUGAUUUAUGGGUAAUGUGGAGGUGGGAUGUUGUGACUCCUCCCUGUGGUGGGUAUUUAAGCACGUUUUAGACACUGUUAAUUAAUGGCUUGACAAAGGGCCUGCGUAGCCCGAAACGUUGCCUAUUGCAUCUAAGUAAAGGUUUGCAAAUUUUCACAAAUACCGGAGUGCUGCUGCUUUAUUCACUACAUGUAUGCGUUGCCCUGGCAGGGGGUACGGCGUGCACCCGGGGCUACAAAGAGCUUAAUCCGCUUUUGAAGCACACCUUAUCUACAUUUACUGGAUUCUAUACUGCUGGUGGUGCUCAAGUGGUUUUUCAAAGAUGACUCAACAAACACAAUUGGAACAUCAAGCGCUUACUUUUACAUACAAUGAGGAACAGGCUGCCCGGAUAAUUGGAUCCAAUACAGGUAGCAAUACAUUUUUACUCUCUUUACCUAACUCAGAUGUGAUUAAGGAAUAUGAAAAAGAAAGCCGAAAGUUAAUUGGCCUGGACUUACAUGCUAUCACAUUGACUGAGUAUUAUCGGGCUGGGCGCAUUCCCAGGGGUUUGAGAGUUAAUUUACGUCCCACUAUAUUCAAUGACAAUGAGGAAUUCACACAGAAAUAUGAACAAAUUGUGAACAAAUGCUCAUUCGAUAUUAUCCUCCUAAACAUUGAAUUUUUGCAGAAGGAAAUCGCUAAUACUAAACAGCGUUUACAGAUUGCUGAGGGUGAACUAAAGAAACUGGUUCCGAGUGCAGACCAGCGUGACUGUUUGUCCGAUAUUCAAGAUCACCUUUCUAAGCAUCGAGCGGCAAUCGAGGAACGGAAACGACAUAAGUUUCUGAGGGAUGAAGCGGAUUACACUGCAGGUCGGGUGUACAAAUGGCAGAGAGGUUCCGGCAUGUCUGAGACGCCAAGGCGUCCAUUUUUUCCCCGUGAGUAUAGGCCCACGCGCCCAUCAGAAAGAAGAGAACAGCGUGCAUACUCACCUGAUAGGAGGGGUUAUCGGCAGACGCGUUCGCCAGAUAGAGUGGAGCAGUGGACAGCGUAUCCUAUGGAUAGGAGAGAAGAACAGACGCCCUGGCGAGGCUACCGAAGGAAUGAGAGAGAUGAUGACACACGUGUUCCUCUGCCGAUCGGUGGCUAUGGCGGAUCUACUUCAGACGCAUCGUCGUCCUCUUCUUUUUUAGGGUACAGCACAGGACAAUCCACAAGAAAAAAAGGAGGGGCGGCAGGAGACAUCGGAGGAUACCAGGAACGGAGGGAGCAACCGUAUCGGAAGGCACGGACUCACAAAAAACGACAGUGAAAUUUAAAGACAUGGCAGCUCCUGAUUCAAAGUAGUUCAGGGGUUUCAGUUCCCUGAAUUCAGCAUUGGAGCCAGAGAGAAGUAACAAUUAAGAAUUUAAUAUUGAGACAAAGUAAAGUAAGAUUUCCUGUCUAUGACACUUAUGUUGCAAAGUUUGUUUAUAAAGGUUUUAACACAUUGUAUCACUGUUUUGAAGAAAUAUCUACUUAUUUAUUACCUGUUACUAUAUAGCACUUUUUGCAAAUUCACUUUCUGUACGAUAAGGAGAUUUUCUUACCUGAAAAAUCUUUUUCUAGUAGGCCCGUACUGUCAGUGCAGGACGACUGGGGUUAACUUGCUCCUCUCUGGAGGCAGGACAAACUCUUGCUUCUUGAGACUCCUCCUUCCUGUUAUCUCCACCUCCUCUCCAGUUUAUUAUAAAGCCUGUCGGUGGAGAUGGUUAACCUAACUGACCUAACUAUAUACAGACGAGCAGCAAAAACAAAAACCGGCACUCCACCAAUGGGCGGGAUGCUGCACUGACAGUACGGGCCUACUAGAAAAAGAUUUUUCAGGUAAGAAAAUCUCCUUUUCUAAGUCGGCCCUACCUGUCAGUGCAGGACGACUGGGGAUGUCCCAGAGCCGUCCUAAAAAGAGGGUGGGCAAAAAACUAACUUAACUGAACAAACUGUAGUGUACGGAUCAGACUAUGCAGGAACUAAGUAGAUGCUACUGCUGCUUGUAGCACCUUCCUGCCAAAAACCCCUUCUGAAGAGGCGAGAACAUCCAAUUUAUAAAAUUUGGAAAAUGUGUGUAGAGAACUCCAGGUGGCUGCCUUACAUAACAUAUCUGGAGAAGCUGAAUUUUGAAGUGCCCAGGAAGCACUGAUCUUCCUGGUAGAAUGGGCCUUAAGAUUAGAGGGAAUGCCCUGACCAACUCUAGUAUAUGAUUCUGAAAUAGUGGAGACUAUCCAUCUAGCUAGAGUAGCUCUAGAAGCAGGCUGACCCAUCUUAGUGGAGCCAAAAAGAACCAAUAAAGCAUCUGCCUUCCUGAAUAGUGAAGAUCUCUUGAGAUAAAACUUCAAAGCUCUGACUGGAUCAAGUUUAUGAAGUUGUCUUUCAGCAGGACUGGACGGCUUCGGGCAAAACGAUGGAAGGACAAUUUCUUGGUUAAUGUGGAAUGCAGAUGUUACUUUCGGAAGGUAAGAUGGCACCGUGCGUAGCACCGCUUUAUCCUGAUGAAAAAUUAACCAAGG